GGGCAGGACCGGGACGCGCCAGGGCCAGCCGCUGAGCCGCCCCGGGCGGCACCGCUCCCCCCUCCCGCCGCUGCUCCGCGCCCCGCGGGGGCGACGGGCGGUACCGCCAGAGGCAGGGCACGGCCCCAUUGGCUGCCGGGAACACUUAUUUGCAUGACCCCGCCCCCCUCGCAACCUCAUUGGCACUGAGACGGAGUCACUUUGCAUCGUACCGCCCCCCCGCGCCGCCUGGCCGGCGCUGCGCUGCGGUGCGGUGUCGGGCCGGCGGUGAGGCGCAGUGCAGGAGCGGGAGACGAGCCGUGACCGGCAGCAGGGUACUGGCAGUACUGCCGCUUCACGGGUGUCUGGUGGAACAGGGCGGCAGCACGCUGCGGCCGGCGCGGCGAAGCGGAGCGGCCGGCGGGUUUCGCCGCGCCCCCUCGCUGUUCUGUCCACCUCCGCUUUCCUGUAAGCCGCUCCCCGCCCGGGUCCCGCGGGUGCAGCAUGAAGUGCAGUGAUGGCCCGGAGAGGUAAGACGGCGGUGAGGACGCUGGAAGACUUGACGCUGGACUCAGGGUAUGGUGGCGCGGCGGACUCGGUACGCUCUUCCAACUUGUCGCUGUGCUGCUCGGAUUCGCACCCCGCGUACCCCUAUGGAGGAAGCUGCUGGCCGCACUUAACUGACUCCAUGCACAGUCGGCACAACAGCUUCGACACUGUCAACACCGUCCUAGCGGAAGACUCCGAGGUGCUGGACUGCGCGGGGCAGCAGUGCGCUCGGCUCCUGCCCGACCUUGAGGAGGUCCCCUGGAGCCUGGAGGAGGUGGAGGCGCUGCUGCUGCCGCCGCCGCGCCGGGAGCCGCGGGCGCCGGGCACCACCGCCGCCGCCAGCCCCGGCAGCCGGGAUGCGGCGGCGCGGCUCUCGACGCUGGUGAGCCGGGCGCUGGUGCGCAUCGCCCGGGAGGCGCAGCGCUUAAGCCUUCGCUUUGCAAAGUGUACGAAGCACGAGGUGCGGAGCGCCAUGGAGAUCGUCCUGGGCUGGACGCUGGCUGCCCGUUGUACAGCGGCCGCCCUCAGUGCUCUCUCCCUCUACAACAUGAGCAGCAGCGGCGGCGACCGCUUCAGCCGCGGCAAGUCUGCGCGGUGCGGGCUGACCUUCUCCGUGGGCAAGUUCUACCGCUGGAUGGUGGACAGCCGCGUGGCCCUGCGCAUCCACGAGCACGCCGCCAUCUACCUCACCGCCGGCACCGAAAGCCUCUUCCGCGACAUCCACGCCCGGGUGCUGGCCGGCCCCGCCGCCCCGCUCCCGCCGCCCGGCCGCCCCCCGGCCGCAGCCACCGGCGGCGCGGCGGAGAAGGAGAAGGAGGGCGGCGAGGCACCCCGGUUCACCCUGGAGUCGCUGGAACAGACUGUCAACAACGACCCCGAGCUCUGGGGCUUGCUGCAGCCUUACCAGCACCUCAUCUGCGGCAAGAAUGCUAGUGGUGUUCUCUGCCUGCCGGACAGCUUGAACCUUCACAAAGAACAGCAAAGGUCAAACAAGCCUGGGGAAGUUCAGAUGUUCAGCCAGUCAGAGCUGAGGACCAUCGAGCAGUCUUUGCUUGCUACACGUGUGGGGAGCAUUGCUGAACUCAGUGACCUGGUGUCUCGAGCGAUGCACCACCUCCAGCCCCUCAAUGCCAAGCAGCACGGGAAUGGGACACCAAUGCACCAGAAACAGGGAUCACUCUACUGGGAGCCAGAGGCUCUGUACACCCUCUGCUACUUCAUGCACUGUCCACAGAUGGAGUGGGAAAACCCUAAUGUGGAGCCAUCAAAAGUUACACUGCAGACUGAGAGGCCGUUCAUCGUGCUCCCUCCCUUGAUGGAAUGGAUACGGGUCGCCGUGGCUCAUGCGGGGCACCGCCGCAGCUUCUCGGUGGACAGCGAUGACGUACGGCAGGCAGCGAGGCUCUUACUGCCGGGAGUGGACUGCGAACCUCGACAGUUAAAAAUUGAUGACUGUUUUUGUGCAUCUCGGAAGCUGGAUGCAGUUGCCACUGAAGCAAAGUUCAAGCAGGACCUGGGUUUCCGCAUGCUCAACUGCGGCCGAACAGAUCUGGUUAAACAAGCCAUAUCCUUGCUGGGGCCGGAUGGGAUUAACAGCAUGAGUGAACAGGGCAUGACUCCACUGAUGUAUGCUUGUGUCAGGGGUGAUGAGGCUAUGGUGCAGAUGCUGCUAGAUGCUGGAGCAGAUCUGAAUGCUGAGGUUGUCAGUACUGCUCAUAAAUACCCAUCCGUCCACCCCGAGACCCGCCAUUGGACAGCUCUGACAUUUGCUGUGUUGCAUGGACAUAUUCCUGUAGUUCAGCUGUUGCUGGAUGCUGGAGCAAAGGUUGAAGGUUCCUUGGAGCAUGGAGAGGAAAAUUACUCUGAAACCCCUUUACAGUUGGCAGCAGCUGCUGGAAAUUUUGAACUUGUCAGUCUGCUGUUGGAGCGAGGAGCUGACCCCCUGAUAGGAACAAUGUACAGGAAUGGCAUUUCUAUGACUCCACAAGGUGACAUGAACUCUUUCAGUCAGGCUGCUGCACAUGGACACAGGAAUGUCUUCCGUAAGCUGCUUGCUCAGCCGGAGAAGGAGAAGAGCGAUAUUCUGUCGCUGGAGGAGAUCCUGGCCGAGGGCACAGACUUGCCUGACUCAGCGGCAGCUCCGCUCUGUGCCAGCCGCAACAGCAAGGCCAAGCUGAAGGCCCUGAAGGAGGCCAUGUACCACAGUGCUGAGCAUGGCUACGUGGAUGUGACCAUUGACAUACGGAGCAUAGGUGUUCCCUGGACACUGCACACAUGGCUGGAGUCCCUGCGCACAUCCUUCCAGCAGCACAGACGACCCCUCAUCCAGUGCUUGCUAAAGGAAUUCAAGUCCAUCCAGGAAGAAGAGUACACAGAGGAGCUCAUCACACAAGGGUUGCCUCUGAUGUUUGAGAUACUGAAAGCCAGCAAGAAUGAAGUGAUCAGCCAGCAGCUCUCUGUCAUUUUCACUCACUGCUACGGACCCUACCCUAUUCCAAAGCUCGUUGAAAUUAAGCGCAAGCAGACCUCUCGCCUAGAUCCCCAUUUUCUUAACAACAAAGAGAUGUCAGAUGUUACAUUUCUGGUGGAAGGAAGGCCAUUUUAUGCACACAGAGUGUUGCUAUUUACUGCAUCACCAAGGUUUAAAGCACUGCUGUCUAGCAAGCCUUCGUCCGAUAGUACUUGUAUUGAGAUCAACUAUGUGAAGUACCCCAUCUUUCAGCUGGUUAUGCAGUAUCUGUAUUAUGGAGGUGCAGAGUCACUCCUGAUUAAAAAUAAUGAAAUCAUGGAGCUUCUUUCUGCUGCUAAAUUUUUCCAGCUCGAAGCUUUACAACGACACUGUGAGAUCAUUUGCGCAAAAAGCAUCAACACAGAAAACUGCGUGGAUAUUUAUAAUCAUGCCAAGUUUCUCGGAGUCACAGAACUAUCGUCCUAUUGUGAAGGCUACUUCCUGAAAAACAUGAUGGUCCUCAUUGAAAACGAAGCUUUCAAACAGCUGUUGUACGACAAGAACGGAGAAACUUCUGGUCAAAAUGUACUACAGGACUUACAGAGGACGUUGGCCACGAGGAUUCAGUCGAUUCAUUUGUCUUCUUCAAAGGGCUCCAUUGUGUAAAGCUGAGGAAGACAGUAAUCCUCUCAUCAAGACUCUGCAAGUGAAGUCUGCUGUUGCAGUUGCUUAAACAACCACAAAAAAUAAUUAAACUAUUCUACUUUGCAUCCACGUAGUUCACUGUUGGCCAGAGAUGCUCUGCUGGGGCUGUGGCCCUUCCUGGAUGAGGGAAUGCAGAAGACAAAACUUCUCUGUGUUUUCGAGCAGCUUGGGUACAGGAGUAUCCAGCGAAUCACUGCUGUACUCAGAUGCUGAGCACACGUGCGAUGGUGCAGCCCGAUGCCAACAAAAGCUGGAACUCACACCAGUGAACAGCAGAAUCCUUUCCCUGCCUGAGUGGUGGUGCCACUGAACACCUGAAUUGACCAAUGAAUUAUUUAAGGUGGAUUUGUUCCAGUGUGACACGUUUAAGAACUGUAUCUAUCCCAGAGUCCGUUAUCUCAUGCAUUUAAGAACUGUGACAACUGCUAUUGCUGUCAAGCAAAGAUCAACUGUAUUAGAGAGUGGGUAAGACUGCUACAGCUGAAGAAAUAUACUGGCAGAUUUUUAGGGGUGGGUACUUUUUAAAUUGUUCAUAAACAAAUAAUGGGGUGGCCUUGUAGUUUAAAAAACUAUUUCUUAAGCUUCAGAUUUAAUUUUGGACAGAGCUGUGUUUGAGAAUCUAUGUAACACGUUUUGGUUUUUUAAAUGGUAAAAUGUUCAUUGUGUAAAUGUACAUUUGAUCAGUUUUGCUUGUAUUCUUUCCUAGAGUGGUAUAAUCUGGCCUAACAGGCUAUGGUUACACCAAAGAGGUACAUUACCCAGACUAUCUCUAGUGUACAGGGUGGGGGGGCAGGAGAACUGCAUGCUACUUAUGAUUUGGGGUUAAGAGCGAUGACAAACUCCACAUGCAUUUGCAUGGUAACUGUACCUGUGAAAUGUUACGUUUGUGCUUCCUUCCCCCAAGACAAAUGCAAUGUUACUUCUGGUCAAACUUCAUCUGUGAAACGAGCAUCCUUUUUUUCAUUUGGUGCCAUUGCUUGUGGUGUGAGACCCCUGGAGACCCUUCUCAAGAUGCUGAUUUCUGUUUGUUACAGCGAGGGAUGGUAACAGGUCGUGACUUCAGUAACGUAUCGAUGCUUUGCUACUGGCCAGAGGUUGUGUCCCGGUUAGAGGUUUUUGAAUUAUAAUUAAAUGUGUACUUAGAAUGA